UGCUGCUGCUGCUGCUGGUGGUGGUAGUGGUGGUGGUGGUGGUGCUGGUGCUGCUGCUAUUGCUACUGCUACUGCUGCCAACGAACAAACUCCUCGGAACUCUUGAGCUUUUUCGCUUGCCUAUCUCAUCGUCCGUACACCCUCAAGAUCUCUGCUCGAGCGUGGAAAGCAAGCGGCGGGAGAGGGUGAGCGGAUGGGACCGCUGGAAAACGACGAAGGAGGAAGUAUUCCCUUGCCGACGGAUCGCGAGAGGGAAAAGGUGGGGGAUCGGUCGUUCUCCACGUCGCUGCCGCUCCCCAAAAGGGAUGGCCAAGGGGUAGCUCGUGGCGAAGGGCAAGAGGGGUGGCAACGAGCAUGGAUAUGGGUCACUCGACGAUCGAUGCCGAUACCGAGUGUCGCUGCGUUCUUCGAACUCCGUUUCGAUCCCUCAUCCUCUUUUCCCACCCUUAUCUAUUUAACUUCCGCUUUGAAUCAUCGUCGAAGCCAUCUUUUAGAUUCUUUAAACUCCUCCUAAUUUGGCAGCCGUCCUAGUUUUUGAAACGUGCCACAUCCGAAGAGAGUGCUUUCGUACGCAUCUACGCGAGGGUGUAGCUUUCACAAAAGACCAAUCAAUACGUUUGACGACGACGACGACGACGACGACGACGACGACGACGAUGACGAUCUACCGAUAUCUCCUCGGCCUCGCCAUUGCUUUCGCUACUACCCUCGUCCUUCCUUCAUUUCUCUCUCUCUCUCUCGCCAAUAAGCGCGCGCACCCACACACCUACACCUAGCGAUACCAUUGGUUUGUUCUCCCCUCUCUAUUUCUCUACCACCCCUUUUUACAACCUAUUCUUCCUCUUCCCUUUUUCCGAAAUAUCAUUCUUUUUUCUUCUUUUUCUUUUUUUCUCCCCUUACGUUUUAGUCUAUCGCCGAUAAUAAUUAAGAGCUAGAUCAAAUUUCAUUAGUCGACGAAUUCCUCCUCCUACUUCCUCGAUGGCCCAUCAUUUGCUAUCUCCUUCAUCUCGUAGUAAUUCGGAAUAAUCGUUGUGGACGAAGUCAGGAACGUAUUAUGUUAUUUUUCGUAUGCCCAACCGAACGAAUCUCCGUCGAUUCGAUUGCGUACUCGAUCUUGACUCUCGACCGGUGGUGAUGGUGGUAGUUCUCUUUUAUUUAGCGUCCAGCCAUGGAACGUGCUUUUCGAGAACCGCUAGACGAUUAUUUAUGGGCUAGGGAAAAUAGGGGUGUUCUAAUUACGGCACUGCCUUGGGCGCAGGCGUUUCGACGAUCCGACGACGACGUCACGGCGUUCUUACACACACCCAAGUAUACCUGUUAUACGCUUAUCAAUGAACGUACGACGCCUACGACAAAUCCUGUUCCCUCUAGUGGUGAACCGGCCGACCCACCCGUUAGCCUUGUCCCUACUCUCGAUUCCCGUUGCAACUUUGCUUUUCUCCCUUCCUUCUUCUUUAUUUCUUUUCUUUUCUCUUUCGUCAUCAUUGUUUUCAUGCAUAUGACAAUACGAAUCACGAUGCUUUUUGAUCUUUCAACCGAUGAUCGAGAAUGAAUCGAGCCUCGUCAAUGUACGUACUACCUUCCUAUAUACAUAUAUUUGUUCCGUUGAUUUCGUCAUCGCAGUACGUAUCUUUCCCAUUCACCGAUUCGAAUCAAAAUCGAUUUCACUCGCGUUUCGAUAUAUUCCCAUAUCUUACAAUUAGAUAAAUACUAAUCUUAUCGUUACAUUAUAUUAUUAAUAGCGAUUCCAUCAUUUUUCUGUUCUCAUUUAUUAUUUCCGAGAUUUUGUUGGGAAAACGUUUCUAUUUCUUUGAAAACUGUCGUAUAUCCUUUCUAACGAUAUAUCUAUAUGUCGAAAGAAAUAGAGAAAAAAGAAAGGGGUGGAAGAAAGAAAAGAUACAUACACGCGAACAAUUUUCACCGACGAGCCAUAUGCGAUUUUUAUCCAUCGGAUCUCGUGAUGAACAUUGCUUUCGGAGAUUCAAUUUAUCUCGAGCGUUCUCGAAUUGUUCGAUUGUUGAUAAGCCUAUAUAUAAUUAACACGUAUUCAAUUUACAAUUGCUUUAGUUCGAAAUAAUUCGGCCAAAGUAGAACUGAGAACCUCGCAAAGUAUGACAAUUUCUCGAAAACGAAGCGUAAAAUAAGGACAAAUUCGGAAAAAAAAGAAGCAACGAGCGGAGAUAAACGGGACGUAACGAGCUAAUAAAAUAACGCAUCCUUGACUUGUGUCGAUAUACGGGUAUUCGUAAGAUCUGAAAUACAAUACAUAGAUAUAUACCACACAUAUUUAUAAACUUUCUUAUGAAAGAUUUCUAUUAUUGCGUUCUAAUAUGAAACUCGGACAUACGAUCGAAGAUUUGAGAGAAAAGUACCCCGAACUUACGGAGGAACUAUUACUAAAGUUGGAAGAAUGGAUUCGGCAACGCAACCUUUCUGAUAUUCCAAUAGAGCAGUUGGCAAUCUUUGCACACAGUUGCUAUUUCCAAACCGACGCGACAUUGCGAUGCAUGGAAGCUUACUACAAAAUAAGAACAACUUUUCCAGAGGUCUUUAGCAACCGCGAUCCCAAAUCAGAGAGCUUCCAAUGUUCCCUAAAAAAGCUUGUUGAAAUUUCACGUUAUAGAAACAUUACAGCGCUACCUGUACCGGAACCCAAUGGAUAUCGUAUCAUUUUUAAGCAAUUAAAAGAUACUAAUCCGAAUAAAUAUAAAUUGGGCGAUGCUUUAAAAUUACUCAUGAUGACCGUGGAUGCGACUCUUUAUACCGAAGGCUGCGAACCCGGUUAUAUUUUUCUUUUCGAUAUGACUGGUGUAUCUUUCGGACACUUGUCUACAAUUUCCAUCAGUAGUAUUCGAAAAUUCUUCCAAUAUAUCCAAGACGGAAUACCAUUUAGAUUGAAGGGUAUUUAUAUCCUAAAUGCGACCUGGAUCCUCGAUAAAGUCCUCGCGAUCAUAAGGCCCUUCAUGAAAUCAGAAUUUUUUCAACUGAUACACGCAUACACCGGCGAAGUAUCGGAAGUUUACCAACAUAUACCUCCCAAGUGCCUUCCUAAAGAUUUUGGUGGAGAAUUGGACUACGUUGAAGUACUAAGUGAAGAAAAUUACCAUAAAUUACAACAAUUGAGAGACUAUUUCCUCGAAGAAGAAACCGUUUGUCAAAAUUACAAUGCCUCGCAAAAAAAGAAUAAAUAAUUGUAAUCAUUUUAUUUUGCAUAUUAUACAAAAUUGAUCAUCAAAGAAUAAACGAAAAUAUAUAGAUCAAAA